UCAUUUCAUCAGUAUCUUUACCCGCGUUCUUAAUCGUCCGAUCUCUCUCUCUCUCUCUCUCUCAUCGCCACCACUUCCUAGAUGUCGCGGUUUCUCCGAUCGCGUUGCUCCGACGGCUCGCCCGAUGGACCUACACUUCCUCUCUAAAAAAUUCUCAGCGUCGCGAUGAUCGAUCAAGUCACUUGAACUCUACUGAUGUUGUGGAAGCAAGGAAGCAAGGAUUGUUUUCUGAGCUUCCGAGUUUGCGAAACUGUGCAUACUCUAUUUGAUUAUUUCAGAUAUUCAGUUUUCGGCCUGUAGGAGGAAUUCAUCUGGCGCAAAUCAAGUUUGUUAAAGGUAUGUCGUCGAAGAUUGUGUAUGAAGGUUGGAUGGUGCGGUAUGGCCGGCGGAAGAUUGGCAGGUCCUUCAUUCACAUGCGGUAUUUUGUGCUUGAAUCUCGGUUACUGGCGUAUUAUAAGAGGAAGCCGCAGGAUAAUCAAGUUCCAAUUAAGAGCAUGCUAGUAGAUGGAAACUGUAGAGUGGAGGAUCGUGGCUUAAAGACGCACAAUGGACAUAUGGUUUACGUCUUGUCUGUUUACAACAAGAAAGAGAAGUACCAUCGAAUUACGAUGGCGGCCUUCAAUAUCCAAGAAGCACUACUAUGGAAGGAGAAAAUAGAGCUUGUCAUUGAUCUGCACCAAGGCUCACAAGUUCCUAAUGGGAACAAGUUUAUAUCAUUUGAAUAUAAAUCUGGGAUGGAUAAUGGGAGGACUGCUUCCUCCUCGGAUCAUGAAAGUCAGAUCAGUGCACAGGAAGAUGAGGAGAGUGCUCGUCCAAGUUUACUGCGAAGGACAACCUUUGGAAAUGGACCUCCAGAGUCUGUAUUUGACUGGACAAGGGAAAUUGGAUCAGAUUUUUCAAAUCAAAAUGCCAAUAGUCAAGCCUUUUCACGGAAGCAUUGGCGUCUAGUUCAGUGCCAAAAUGGACUUCGCAUCUUUGAAGAGCUUGUGGAGGUUGACUACCUUCCAAGGAGCUAUAGUAGGGCAAUGAAAGCUGUUGGUGUAGUGGAGGCUACUUGUGAGGAAAUCUUUGAACUUGUCAUGAGCAUGGAUGGAACACGGUUUGAGUGGGACUGCAGUUUCCAAUAUGGUAGCUUGGUUGAAGAGGUGGAUGGACAUACGGCAAUACUCUACCAUAGGCUACAGCUAGACUGGUUUCCAAUGUUGGUAUGGCCCCGUGACCUCUGCUAUGUGCGCUAUUGGCGCCGGAAUGACGAUGGAAAUUAUGUUGUAUUAUUUCGCUCAAGGGAGCAUGAGAAUUGUGGUCCACAACCAGGGUAUGUGAGGGCCCAUAUUGAGAGUGGAGGAUUCAACAUUUCACCUCUGAAACCUCGAAAUGGAAAGCCAAGAACUCAGGUGCAGCAUCUCAUGCAGAUUGAUCUGAAAGGAUGGGGUGUGGGCUAUUUGUCAUCGUUUCAGCAACAUUGUCUCUUGCAAAUGUUAAAUAGUGUUGCUGGGCUGCGUGAAUGGUUUGCACAAACAGAUGAAAGGACUGCUCCUCUAAGAAUACCAGUUAUGGUAAAUAUGGCUUCAUCUUCAGUUUCAUCACAGAAGAGCCUGAAAGUUCAGGGGUCUAGCGUUCAUGCUAGUUCUUCUGAUCAAAUGAAUGCUGCAAAUAGAAAUUCUGUGAUGUUGGAUGAGUACUCUGACGAAGAUGAAGAAUAUCAAAUACCUGAGAAUGAACCAGAGGUAUACCCAAACGAGCAGGAGAAUGAUAGCAAGAGAGCAGCCUUGGAAGAAGAAUCAAUUGAUCGAAUUGAUUUAUCCAGUUUCUCGGGAAAUGUAAGGCACGAUGAUCGUGAUACUUCUCGAGACUGCUGGAGAAUUUCUGAUGGAAACAACUUUAGAGUUCGUAGCAAGACCUUUUGUUUCGAUAAGACUAAGAUUCCAGCUGGGAAGCAUUUAAUGGAUCUGGUUGCUGUCGAUUGGCUGAAGGACACGAAAAGAAUGGACCACGUUGCCAGGCGUCAAGGCUGUGCAGCUCAAGUUGCUUCAGAAAAGGGUCUUUUCUCUAUCGUCAUAAACGUGCAAGUACCUGGUUCGACGCACUACAGCAUGAUAUUUUAUUUCGUGACGAAGGAACUAAUUUCUGGAUCUCUUUUGCAACGCUUUGUUGAUGGCGACGAUGAAUUUCGCAACAGUAGGUUAAAACUCAUUCCUUCAGUUCCCAAGGGUUCAUGGAUUGUUCGCCAAAGUGUUGGAAGUACGCCAUGCUUAUUGGGAAAAGCAGUUGAUUGCAACUAUAUUCGAGGGCCCAAGUAUUUAGAGGUCGAUGUCGAUAUUGGCUCGUCGACAGUUGCUAAUGGAGUUUUGGGACUUGUCAUUGGUGUAAUUACAACAUUGGUGGUUGACAUGGCUUUCCUUAUACAGGCAAAUACAACAGAAGAAUUACCAGAGAGAUUACUUGGAGCAGUGCGAAUGUCUCAUAUUCAGCUCUCCUCAGCCAUACCCUCUAACUUGGACUCAUCAUCUGAUUGAAUUUAUACAUCAAAUUAUCCCUUCUUCCUUCUUCCUUCGUCCUUCGUCCUUCCUUCUUCAUCUAAACACUCAUUUCUCCACCCCCUCUCUUAACUUUCACUUCCUUCUCAAUACCAUUGCAUUCUUGUCUUUUCCCCAGAAGCUCCACUUAUAUCCAUAUUAUUUUUUUUAUACAUAAAAAAAAGAAAAAGAAAAGUGGAAAAUAGAAGAAUACCUACUUCCUUCUCUAUCUUCUUAUACCUUUCUUCAUUAAGGGGGUGGGGCUUUUAGGAACUGGAGUCAUUCGGGGGGGUUGUUGUUACACGAAACAGAAGCUAGAAAGAAAAAGGAUGAGAUAGAACCAUAUGCGUCCGCAUCACUAUAUACCAGCGAGUGAGUUAAUACCAUUUCUCUUUUUCAAGCUCCUAAUAUUGAAAGAUGCCUCAUAUUUGUGCCUUUGUUUGAUUCUCUGUGGCCCCCAAAAAGGGAUACUUUAGUGAUCUCUUAGGGUGAAGGAGGAAGGAAGAGUUUUAUAACUAUUGAUAGUUUGAGCUGAAUGGAAAUGGAAAUGGAAAUGGAAAUGGAAAUGGAAAUGGAAAUGGAAAUGGAAAUGGAAAUGGUUGUUUUCUCAAUAAUACCCUCGAAGAACUUUCUCCUUGUGUACAUUUUUCUUUUUUUUGCACUGUAUUUCUUGGAGGGAAAUUGGAUUUAGCAAUAUGCAACAAAUAAUCUUGAACAGUUCGUGGAUUUGUAAUUAUGUUUUAUAGUUCAUAGAGUUCAAUUUUAUUUUCUUUCUAAUGCUUA